GGUUACGCUUGCACACGUAACACGACUGCCGCAGGCACCCACACGUACACAUUUCUCUCUCUCUCUCUCACACACACACACACAACACACACACCCACACGAAAACACACUCGCGACAGCCCGUGGACGGAUUCUCGCGGAAUUCUAACGUCGUGGCCAAGAACGAGCGGAGGGAUCUUGCGAACUGUUCACGCGGGGGAUCCUUUCUGGCCGACAACGGUCGCAGGAACGGCCACGAAACGAGCACACAGGUCUAAGGAAAGAGUGGAGGACGGGCACAGUGAGUGGAAUCGACAGGACGAAAGGGCUAGGUGUCGUCGCGGGUAAGGAAAUCUCGGGACGCUGUUCACGUCUCGGGAUACAUUGGCGGUGAGUGCGGUAUCGAGAGUAAUUAAGCAGUCACGGGAUUACUCGGUAAUAAUGGCUGGUCGUGAUUGACCGAGAAAGAGAGACCGAGGGAGAGUGUGCGCGGCCGUGUACGCUGGCUACAUCUACCUAAGCAGCGAAGAAGACGGGAACACCGGAAGCAAGAAAGAGAGAGCGGGAUAAACGGCGGGAUCGCAAUCGAAGAAAAUCAGAUGUCCUCAGCGACCGUCUCCGGAUCGGAUAUGUCGUUAGCGACGGAGGGAUCGAGCGCAACCUCUCGAACGCAGUGGCGUAACUAGGUCUGUGCACAAUUCCAAGAGCCACCCCCGAUAUCGGUUCAUUUACGAUUAUUUCCUUUGACUACGCUCCCGACUCAAAUUUCAUUUAAUUCGAUAAACCGUAAGUAACUUAAAAGUACUUGGUUUCUUCCAAAAGUCGCCAGUUACGUCAUCGCUCGAACGAAUCGAGCGGUCGAUCGAGAUUUCACCGUCCAUGGAUCGCUAGGAAGCGUGGCGACGAGAAACAGACCGAUGACUUUCGAUCGAUUCGAGUACAAUUGCACCGCAGCCUGCCAUGCCGUGGAACUGUCGUCGUAGACCAGUGGCUAGGUCCAGUGACGACGAUACUUAAUCGACGAUGUGCCAUUUUCGAUAGGCGAAACGAACGGUUACGACAUCUGGUAUCUUAAACGAUGCUCGGUAGUCCAUCGAAGAAGGUAGACAGAGAACAUUGGCGAUCAGUGAGGCGCGAAAGAGAGAAGGGGUUGCGAGAUGGCACCUGGUUACUCGCGCGUGGCCCAGCCGAACUUGGAGGAUCGCAGGAAGCAACGCGAUACGAAGGACGCGAAAGUAAAUAAUCGUUGUCCGCGACCGUUUCGAUUCUGAGCGGCCUGGACGUUUAUCCAUGCUGUCGCGUACGCAUCGAUGGUCGAUAGCAAAACUCCUUCCAGCCAGAACAGAAUCCCCUGGUGUUCUUUUUGUCGCGGGUUCUCGCGUCGAAUACGCGAGACUUGUCGCGCCGGGCUCGACGAACGCGCAAUCCGUCCCAGAACGUUACGAUAACCAGCUAGAGGGCAUAUGGACCGCUGAUUCCGUAGCCUUUCGAUCAACAAACAUCCUACCGCGAGCAAACACGACGUUCGACGAAACGUUGAACGCCAGGAGACGAAUCGACGACUAUUCUCGAUCGUACCAAUCGUGUGCGGUCGUCGGGAAAGAGUGAGAAAGGGGUGGGGGGCGACACGGAAGGGGUACGCGAGGCAGUGUGAUCGUUUCGAGUCGAGCAACAGCAGCACAUGCUACGGGAGAUCCGUAUCAAUUCGCGACUGUGAUUUUCUAAGCUUAAGGUUUAAACGUUUAUUAACAAGAGGAGGGAACGAAGGAUACCAGGCGGAAGAGGAGAGUCGGACGCCAAAGGAAGAUUAAAACAAAUCGUCCCAUUGUGAUACUAAGAUAUAUUAAUCGAAGAUAUUAAGGUGAACACGUGCGCUCAAGGAGAUGGGUGUGAAUGAAAGGGGGCGCGACACGCAGUGCCAGGAUGAAAUGCGAGUGUAAUUAAUGGAAAUGAUGGUCGAUCGCGGGGUGUGCGUCGGAUCUACAAACUGUGAUACACCGAUAACCACAUUACGGAGAGGCUGAUAUUCGGUCACUGACCGUCGAAUUCGUGUACGCCAAAAUUCUAAGGAACCGUGGGGGAUGUAUCGCCGAUCAGGAAUUGCGUUCGCAACCGCCUCGUGAUACGUUCGCAGUGACCAGCGACUCGUGAUAAUCGCCCAAGGAAGAACCAGCGAAGAAGCUUCCUGGAGGCAGUUCCCCGACGCAAGCGCGGCCAUCGACGAUCGCAGCGCCACCGUGGGACCCUAAAGAAGGCCUAGGCGGGAAUCCCGACGCGUUGUCGCAGCGCAGACGCGAGCACAGGCGGCGAGAGGCGAGAGAGCGUGACACAGCGUCGCCGAAGCGGUCACCAGGCAUCGUGUACCACCCCCUGGCCACGGGGGGUGGGACAGAAAGACCGUCAGCGUGGGUGCCGGUGCUGCAGGGGCGCGCCUGGUCCGUCGGCUCGCCCGAAGAUUAGCACGCCGGCUAGCGGCUGGCUCGGGCCCGUUUCGCCGUAACGGCCUGGCGACUUCGGGGGGCCUCACGUCGGCGGCGGUGGUCGUGGCCGCCACGGGGGAGCAGUCCGCUCCCCCAGCAGCUGCGCCACGCCAUACCACGCCGAACGGAAGCGUCAGCGGAUCCACAUCCGGCUCAGGUCGCAAGAACAGAGCCAUGUCCAUGAGGAGUCUUCAUCGCCGCGUCUCUCACCCUUGCCAUGGAAAUGAGAACCGACAUGCCGCGAAACACGAAAAGCGUUCGUCACAGAAGCUCGAAACCUCCUGGUCAUUUUCCUUGGAGGGCGAGGGCGGCGGCGGUGGCGGGCGUUCCGUGACCAGCGCUGGUGGGGGUGGAGGAGGAGGUGGAGGUCGACGGGCACCGAGUCUACGACAGGUGAACGGAAGAGCGACUACAGGGGUCAGUUUGCACACCAGCAGCACAGAAUCCGUUCGUUCACCCCAUCACCACCUCGGCCAGCAGCAGGGCGGCAACUACAACAACAACAACAAUAACAACAACCAUAAUAACAACAAUAACUGCCACGCCGGUAAUAACCCCGCCGCGAACAAUCAUCCACGGCUUAACAAAGAUGACAGCAUCAAGAUCAGCAUCGAGAACACGAACACUUGCACCGACAGCCUCGUCACUGCUCUAGACGACGAGACCUUGCUCAUCACUGAUAUUCUGGCCGAUACAGGCAACGAGAUGAAUUACAAGGGCAGCGGUAAGGUCCACUUCGGAGUGGACGACGUGUCCCUCUAUGGGACGCCGAAGGAGGAGCCUGGCCCGGGUCUACCGGGCCAGGAAGUCAAGCAGAGCUUCUUGAAGAAUCAGCUUCAGGCCCUGUUCCAGCCGACGGACAACAAGCUGGCCAUGAAGCUUUUCGGCAGCAAGAAGGCGCUGAUGAAGGAACGGAUCAGGCAAAAGGCGGCAGGUCACUGGGUCAUCCAUCCUUGCUCCAGUUUUCGAUUCUACUGGGACCUUUGCAUGCUCCUCCUACUGGUAGCGAAUCUGAUAAUUCUGCCAGUCGCCAUUAGUUUUUUCAAUGACGACCUAAGCACUAGGUGGAUAGCCUUCAACUGCCUUUCCGACACGAUAUUCCUCAUAGACAUCGUCGUCAACUUCAGGACAGGUAUAAUGCAGCAGGAUAACGCCGAGCAAGUGAUCCUGGACCCGAAGUUAAUCGCGAAACACUACCUCAGGACUUGGUUCUUUCUCGACCUCAUUUCCUCCAUACCACUAGACUACAUUUUCCUCAUAUUUAAUCAAUUUCAGGACUUUAGCGAGUCCUUCCAGAUCCUGCAUGCUGGCCGUGCUCUGAGGAUCCUCAGGCUUGCGAAACUGUUGUCGCUCGUUAGGUUACUACGGUUGUCAAGACUGGUGCGGUAUGUCUCGCAAUGGGAAGAGGUCUAUAUCCCCCUUUAUCAACAGCCGGAGAGGCACUACGAGCGUCGGGCGACACCGCCCCAACCAGACCGAACCAGCAAGAUAUUGCAGAACCUACAAAAAAAACGCACUGAGCGGAGGGGGCGCCUAAGUUCUGACAAUAUGAAUAAAAAGAAGUCCGGUUUCAGCAAAAGCGACCUUAUUUUUAAGUUCCUGAAUAUGGCAUCGGUGUUCAUGCGGAUUUUUAACCUGAUUUGCAUGAUGCUCCUAAUCGGCCACUGGAGUGGCUGCCUGCAAUUCCUGGUUCCUAUGCUCCAAGGGUUUCCUAGUAACUCGUGGGUCGCCAUUAACGAGCUGCAAGAUUCAUUCUGGCUGGAACAGUACUCGUGGGCCCUUUUCAAAGCCAUGUCGCACAUGCUCUGCAUAGGAUACGGAAGGUUUCCGCCGCAGUCCUUGACCGACAUGUGGCUCACUAUGCUCAGCAUGAUCAGCGGUGCUACCUGUUACGCACUGUUCCUUGGACACGCCACCAAUCUCAUUCAAUCUCUCGAUUCGUCGAGAAGACAAUACCGCGAGAAGGUGAAGCAAGUAGAGGAGUACAUGGCCUACCGGAAGUUGCCACGAGAAAUGAGACAGAGGAUCACGGAGUACUUCGAGCAUCGCUACCAGGGCAAAUUCUUCGACGAGGAGUUGAUUCUUGGGGAGCUCUCGGAGAAACUAAGAGAGGACGUGAUAAACUACAACUGCAGAUCGCUGGUCGCCUCCGUUCCCUUCUUUGCCAACGCCGAUUCGAACUUUGUCUCGGAUGUCGUUACUAAACUGAGAUACGAAGUCUUCCAGCCAGGUGAUAUCAUCAUCAAGGAAGGUACGAUCGGCUCUAAAAUGUACUUCAUACAAGAAGGCAUAGUCGAUAUCGUAAUGGCGAACGGCGAAGUCGCUACCUCGUUGUCAGAUGGUUCAUACUUUGGCGAGAUUUGCCUGCUGACGAACGCGAGGAGAGUGGCGUCAGUCCGCGCGGAGACCUACUGCAAUCUCUUCAGCCUCUCGGUGGAUCACUUCAACGCCGUGUUGGACCAGUAUCCACUAAUGCGCAGAACGAUGGAAAGCGUUGCCGCCGAGAGGUAUAAGCUUUGGCUAAACAAAAUUGGCAAGAACCCGAACCUGGUGGCUCACCGCGAGGAGGACCUCGGCAGUGAGUCCAAAACGAUAAACGCCGUGGUUAACGCUCUGGCGGAGCAGGCUGCGCAUGCUAGCGCUAGCGAAGAAUCGGUACACAGCAUGGAGCUGAGGACCCUUCCAGCCUGCCUGUUGCCCAGACCGAAGUCUGAGAACAAUUUCGCGAGCCAGGAGCUCUCGAGAGAAGGACGUAAAAUCUUCCACAAAAGCGACACUUUCCACAAGGACUCGUAUCAAUGACGACACUCGUUAUACUAGCACACAGAGAGAUACUAACGGCUCCAUGUGUGACGGUGGUCCCCGCUGUCGAUAGGAUAUCGUUUACGAGAGCGUUUUAAGCGUGGAUUCUGGACGCUACUCUAGAAGCAGUCUAUACAUAGAUAUACGCUAUGCCAGUAGUCCUGUAGCGAUCGGUUUCUAGCGCCUUAUAUUAACCUGAUGGCACGUUUGUCCAGGAUCUGCGCGUAAAACCGCGUGGACCGAAGUAUCCCAUUCUCCAAUGGUGACACAGUACGCGGCCGAGGUCGUUUUUGGACACCAUUUUUUCUCGGUGAAAAGGACUCGACUUUAACAGCAAUAAAUAGCAACCGACGCUCGAUGGGUGAAUUAGACGAGCGCGCGGAGGCUCACGAUCGUCCCUUCGGUUUUCUCUUAGGGCUAGAUCAACGCACGGACGCGACCACGAAGGACCUACUUUCGAAUCGAACGCUGUGUCACCGGUUGGAGGACAAGGAGCCGUUCUCUGCCGCGAGACUCUUCAUCGGAACGUCAACGACGAGCGUCGUACCACGGCGAAAACAAUAUAUACGACGCGACCACGGAUGAAGAUCUCAACGACGACGAAGAGCAGGCCUAGAAAUUUAUAGAGCUAGUCCAUAUGUUAGUCCAAUGUCGUGGACUAGGUAAUCCUAAAAGAAAAUGAAGUUAAGUAACAGUGUAACGGUGCGUAAAUUCUCUGUGAUUAUGCAAGUCGACGUUUUGCACUUUACAAAAGAUUGGAGAUGGGUGAAAUGGGGCAAGAGUUUACGAGAAAACCCAUACGAACAAUUAGUUUCGCGAGUCGACGUUUCCCGCCACGCAAUGGCGAAGAGACCCCACGGCGGGAGACAGAGAGGAGAGUAUAAUCUAUAUACGAACAAUUAGGAUUCCCUUUUGUUUCGUUUCUUUUUUAAGGCAACUAACAUAGAAGAAAAGGUACUCGCCGAGACGAGAAUAAUUCCAGUUAUUAUGUUUGUUAACGUGUUUUGAAUUUAGCCUCGUAUCGUAAAUUAGUCCCGUGCGAGCGAUUCCCGGGAGACGAAGAGGAAGAAGACGGGGGAGAUGAAACCGAUGGAUAACUCCGAGAUGGGAAUCGGACGAGGAGGAUCCCAGGUAAGGGAGCGAAGAGGAGUGCUAUCCUUAUUUCGAGAUCGACAGAGAAAGCCUCGCUUCGUUGAAACAAAAAAAAAAAAAAUAAUAGCUCCACUUUUAUUUUCUAAUACGUCUUGAGUCGCUUCGAAAAGCGUAGUGAUAACGCUAUAAGGCCGAGCUGUGUAUACAAGUUCUAUUAUAUAAUCGGAGUUUAGGAAGACCGUCCUGAGACGCGAACGAGACCCCAAAGGGAGAUGUAAAGGUACGAAAUAUCCGAGGGGGGGUUGGUUGGGUGGGACGAUGGAGUCGUUCUACGAAAUGAAGAUAAUAUUAUUAAAAGAAAAUAAAGUCUAAUCGAAAGCCCAAAGACCGUGUUAACUUGUUGAGAGUCCUUUGGGCUGGCCACGACUAAAACGUCAAUGAAUAAAAUAUAUAUUCAGUGGAACGCGAGAGGAAGUACCUUUUUAUUCGGGCGAAACAGACGCGAUGUACUAUAAAAGAAAAUAAAAACCAAAAGGUAUAAAUAUUAUGUAAUAAAUUAUUAUUAUUAUUAUUAUUAUUACUA